AUGCGCGCUGCAGCAUCGUUCCUGCGUGGGACCGAAGACAAGAAGCCCGUGAAGGAGCUGAAAUUGACCGCCUUGGGCGAGGCCAUUGGGAUCGUGGCCUCGGUGGCAGCGCGGUGCGAGAAGGAGGAGCUGGGAUCGAUCAAGGAGGCGUGA